CCGUUCGCGCCAACGAGCAACAGGUUCACGACAAUAGCUCGCGGAAAAUGAGUGGCUAAUGAGGAAUAACCGACAGCAGAGGAGUCGAGUCGGGCCAUUAUUUGACGGCCGACCAUCCGUGUCAUUUGCAAUAACGACAUUCGGAUCGCUUUUCGGCUAGCUACUGUUUAACUACACAAACGCCUCGACGGUUGAGUUGCUCCGGAUCAUUCCGAGUUACUCACGGGAUAUUCAUUCCGCCGGGCCCCCCAUCUUUUCUUAUAGGAUACGCCCGGAGAAUACAGUUGGAUAUUGUCAUUUUAAAAAUGUUAGUGCAGGGAUCGUUUGAAGGUUGUUGUGAAUAAUUUUCCAAGUUGGCUACAGUUUGGGAAUUCACCGGUGUCUGGAUCUUCUGUUUUAAAGCCACAUAACGAACUCGUUCGAUCAAAUGGUUUAAUAGCGUGCACGUGAUAGACUUUAAAGCUAUCGAGGAUUCAUACUACUGAAAUCCCCACAAAACCAAACACGAGAAAGAUGCUGCGCUGGUUCAAGGGAAGAAAGAAGCAGACGAAAACCACCAAGACUCAGUCGAGCGGUGAUUACGGAUUCAACGAGGACUGCGACGAGAAUGUGAAUUCUAAGGAUUACCACGUGUAUGAGGAAAUCGCAGACAUUCCUGGUUUUCAUUUGUUGGACAUAAGAGGAGAUGUGCAGGACAGCACACACCCGCAGUACAAGGAAGGACCUUACAUGGUCGUACCCAUUCCAGAGCCAGACUCUUUCGCUCAAGAUGGCGGCGAUUCAAAUCACAGGUCACGUGGUUCGGCCUUUACGUGCGCUCUGAUUGGCAGAAGGAACUCUUCCAUGUCGGGGAACACUGAAACCGGUUCCAGCGACGUGGAUCUGACUUACGAUUUGUCAGACUCUCAGAACUACUGUCCAGUAGGUGUUAACGGCUUUAGUUCAGAAAAGGGCUGUGGAGAUUUUAAUUUCCAAAAGGCAAAAUUUUCAUGUGUGGAUAGAGACCAUUCUGAGCAUUGCAGAGAUCAGUGUCUAUUAGCGAGCAGCGACACGGGGUGUGAGUAUGACGUCAGCACGUCUAGCGAAGGUGAUCACACGAGCUAUGAGUUCUAUCUCGCGAGAAUCGAACAGAAUCUCAUUCACAAGUGCAAGAUAAGGGAGCUAAUCCAUCAGGUGACGCCCAUUAACGAGGAAUCGGACACCGAUUCCAUGACGACGGUGUCGAGUCUGUCUAUGACGACACACAGUCACCUGCGCCCUCUGGUGACGAAAGGUUACUCGGACGACGAAGGUGCGCUGGCGGAUUAUUCCGAAUCCGAGAACAGCAGUGGGUAUUAUGAGACAGAGGUCAAGGUCAGGUUCCCCCAAAGAGCCCAGUGUGAGCUCAUCAGACUUAGCGGCAGUUGUGAUACGUGUGGUCAACAUUCUUCACAGUCGAACGAGAAACCUGCAAGGACGACGAACAUUAGGACUGGACACAAACGGUGUUUAUGCGACUCUUCUUCUUCAUGCAAAACUCACUGUGACAGAACGAAGCGGAACGCACCGGAACACCCGUUCAAACAGCAGCGACAACAAAAACAACAAUUGAAUCAUUCGAGUGUUACGCAUCAACGACAAACCGCCUCUGAAAGACGGGCAGACAACUCUGAAAGCAGAGAAACGGGUUCUGUUCCCAAACAAAAGUAUCAGAGCAGUGCACAACUAAAAACGAAAUCUCGUAGACAAGUGCGAGAACUGAACUGUGGGUGGUGUAAAUCUAAACCUAGUUCAAUGACGGCAUCGUCUGAUAGCUACGUAGAAGAUCUUCGUAAUAAGGACACGAGUGCUAAUGGUAAUCGCGUGGAUCACUGUCAUUCUAAACGGAACGCACACAAUGACUUACCUACUGAUAAUGUUGAUAAAAGUGGAGCCAGUGGAAAUAUAUUUCCUCCGCGAACAGACGAUGCGGAGGAAUACGAAUAUAGGGAUCUGUACUCGGCGGGGAAUGUAUCAAACAUCAGGACUAGAAAAUCGUCUCUCUCGAACAAAGUAGCAAAAUCGAGAAAUUUCGAUUCCGUGGAUAUUUACCGAUCACGUGCCAGCAACAAUCGCCUCCUGUCGGAUUUGAUUAUUAAUAAUUAUCACGAACGACAACUCUUGUUUGCAUGAUUACCAUAACACGGACAAAUUGUAAUUGGAUAACUGCCGCAUUUAUUUGGACAGGUAUCACUAACGUCUGAUGUCAUUUGCAUAAUCGCCAAGAUCAACAGCUAUUUAUAUGGAAUGUUGUUACGAACGACAACUUUCCUGUCUUGGACAGAGAGGCCGGCCAAGGCCGGCAACUGUGCCCACGACAGGCGUGCGCUACAACAGCUUGCUCUGAACGUGCACGUAAAACCCUUUGACCUUGACCUUGACGAACGACAACUGCCUGAAUGUUUGUUUGUUCUAAGAGAGAAUACGAAGCGAGAGAGAAUCAAUAGUGUGAACUGUAACAUUAACUGGUGCAAGAAUGUUCUGCUAUAAAAUAUCACAAAACGAUUUGAGGGAUUAACAUACCUUAAGAGAUUCAUGGAAGAUAUUGCACAUGUAUUAACUCUUAAUAAAAAAUAUUAUUAUAUCCUA